AUGAACAACGCACAAAGAAUCGCGCAAAAGAAGCAACAAGUUACCAGCUUUCCUAGAAAUAAAAAACUAGAAAAACUAGCUGUUUACUCUUCUUGCAAGUCUGAAGGCUGUAAGUGUAAUGGAUGGAAGAAUCCUAACCCACCACCUACCCCACCAAGAGUUGAUGUUUCUCAACCACUGGCUAGUCUGACAGAUCCUUGUAGAAGCUCAAGUUGUAGUCAUCCACUAGCAUCUCAUGUAUCUCAUCUAGAAGAGGUAUCUGAAGAGGAAUUAAACAGGUUGUUACGUAUAGUUGUGGAUGUUGAAAAUCUGUUUUUAUGUGUACAUAAAGAAGAAGAUGCUGAAACCAAACAAGUUUAUUUUUAUUUAUUUAAGUUGUUAAGAAAAUGUAUAUUGAAUAUGACCAAGCCAACUAUUGAAGGUCCACUAGGACAUCCGCCAUUUGAAAAACCAAGUAUUGCCAAGGGUGUGACAAACUUUGUGGUGUAUAAAUUUGGCCAUUUGGCUCAGAAAGAAUGGCAGACGAUGUAUGAUCUAGCAAAGAUGUUUUUACACUGUUUGAAUCAUUGGAAAUUAGAAACGUCAGCUAAUAGAGCUCAACAUGCUGGUACAGAGGAUAUGAGUACAUAUAAAAUCAAUUAUACAAGAUGGUUAUGUUAUUGUCAUGUACCAGGCCUAUGUGAUAGUUUACCUCGAUCUGAAACUACCGUUAUAUUUGGUAGAACAUUAUUACGUUCAGUAUUUCAAACUAUGAGAAGACAGUUGUUAGAUAAAUUCAGAGCAGAAAAAGAUAAAAUGCCACCAGAUAAGAGGACACUUGUUUUGACACAUUUUCCUAGGUUUCUGUCUAUGUUAGAAGAGGAAGUAUACAAUAAUAAUUCACCAAUAUGGGAUCCUGAUUUCUCACAGAAUCCUGCAAAUAUGCCUCUUACUCAAGCACAAGUUUUAGCAACAUCACCAAAUAGUGCUACUGGUGUAAGUGGUUUAAGUAGAUUUACUAGUGGUAACAGCACUAAUAGUAAUGCCUAUUUUAAAAUCAAGUCUAAAAUUGGAAAAUAUUUUUUUUUUUUAGUACCAGGUGAAAAGAGGAAACUAGAUGAAGGUAAUUUACCAGAUGAUAUUAAAAGAAAGAAGAUAGAAGGAGAUGUCUCAGCUGAAGUAUUAAGUGAGAUCAUAGCUACUAUCACUGAUCCCACAGAAAUGGUAGGACCAGAUUCUUCAUUUUUCCCUGCCCAUGCUACAAGAGAUGAAGGUGCUAGAUCUGAAGAAGAAAAAGGUGUAAUUGAAUUCCAUGUUAUCGGCAAUUCAUUGAGUUCUAAACCAUCUAAACAGUUAAUACUAUGGUUAAUUGGUUUACAAAAUGUUUUCUCUCAUCAACUUCCUAGAAUGCCUAAAGAAUAUAUCACUAGAUUGGUUUUUGAUCCGAAACAUCGUUGUCUUUCUAUUAUAAAAGACAAUAGAGUAAUUGGUGGAAUAUGUUUCAGAAUGUUUCCUACGCAAGGCUUUACAGAAAUAGUUUUCUGUGCAGUUACAUCUAAUGAACAAGUCAAGGGUUAUGGUACUCAUCUUAUGAAUCAUUUAAAAGACUAUCAUAUCAGACACAAUAUUUUUCAUUUUCUGACAUUUGCUGAUGAGUUUGCUAUCGGUUACUUUAAAAAACAGGGGUUUUCUAAAGAGAUAAAACUAGCUAAAUCUGCCUACAAUGGUUAUAUUAAGGAUUAUGAAGGUGCUACUUUAAUGGGUUGUGAAUUGAAUCCUAGAAUCAAAUAUACAGAAUUCUCUAGAAUUAUUAGAAAGCAAAAACAGAUUGUAAAGAAGAUAGUAGAAAUGAAACAGACUAAGUUUGAAAAGGAAUAUGCUGGUUUAUCAUGUUUUAAAGAUGGAGUAAGACAGAUCCCUAUAGAAAGUAUACCAGGUUUAUUAGAGGCUGGCUGGAAACCAGCAUCUACCCCAGAUAAAAGUAAAGACAUCACUGCUGAUUCAGAUCAGAUGUAUAACUCUUUUAAAACAAUACUACAACAAGUGAAGAAUCAUACAAGUGCCUGGCCAUUCCAGAAACCAGUAGACAAAUCAGAAGCACCUGACUAUUAUGAUCAUAUUAAAUAUCCUAUGGAUUUUAAGACGAUGUCAGAGAGAUUAAAGAAUAGAUAUUAUUCUAAUAAAAGAAUAUUUAUAGCUGAUAUGAAACAUGUGUUUGAUAACUGUCGAAAUUAUAAUGACUCUGAUACAGAAUAUUAUAAAUGUGCAAACAUUGUGGAGAGAUUCUUUAUUAGUAAAAUGAAAGACCAUGGAUUGUGGGACAAAUGA